AUGGUUGUAAACUACAGCUGUGACCCUGGGUACAGCCUCCUGGGAGAGGCAUCCAUCUACUGCACUGACUCUGGCAACUGGAGCCUCCCUCUCCCUCGGUGUGCAGAGGUGGUGUGUCCCCUCCCACAGAUCCGGAAUGGGAGGGUAACCCCUCUUAAAUAUCGCUACACAUACAAAGACACUGUUACUUUUAAGUGCCGCAAAGGUUUCACCUUGCGAGGCCAUCACACCUCCCAGUGCCGAGCUGAGAAAUCCUGGGAUCCGCCUCUCCCCGUCUGUGAGCAGGAUGGAGUGGCAGAACAUUAUCAUCAUCCCAACACCACAACAAAGCCAGUGCUGCACUGCUCCAAGCCUGCAGAUAUCACUCAUGGGGCUCUCAGCAGCCCAGCAAAAGUGUUUUUCACUCCUGGAACAUCUGUGAGCUACAUCUGUGAUCCCGGCUUCUCUCUCCUUGGGACAGCAUCCAUUUAUUGCACACCAUCUGGAGCCUGGAGCCAUCCUCCUCCCGUCUGUCAAGCUGUGAAGUGCCUCCAUCCUCCAAACAUCACCAACGGGAAGCUCAAAGGCAACAUCUCUCACACUUUUCCCUAUGGAGCAUCUGUGUCCUACAGCUGCAAUCCUGGUUAUUCACUUGUUGGGAAUGCUUUUAUCAACUGCACAGUGUCAGGAACCUGGAGCCAGCCUCUUCCUCAGUGCAAAGAGAUCAGGUGUGAAUUCCCGGAUGUUCAAGGUGUUAAGAAAGCCAUUAAAGGAAACACUUAUCGUUCUGGGACCAACCUCACUCUUGAAUGUGAUGAUGGUUACACUUUGCAAGGCAUCAGUCAGACUCAGUGCCAAGAGGAUUUCAGCUGGGACCCUCCUGUGCCACCCUGUAAACUGACAUCACACAAGUCUGGGUCACUAGGCCUCGGAGUUGCAGCCGCGGGAGUUCUGCUGCUCCUGGGGGCAGGCAUUGUCUGGAAAAUAGUUUCCAAGCAGAAGGAAGGCUAUUAUCGUACAUAUGAAAAUUACAAUUACCAAACCCCUCUGAAUCUGGUAACUCAACAGAAAAGCUCAUGUCUGCCAUAGAAGGCUGGGCACCCGUGUGGCUGCUAAGCAGGGACUUGGCUCGUUCUCCACAGCGAGGGCUGCAUGGAAGUGCUGCUCGAGACUGAAAUUCUGUGGCAAAAAUAAGACACUUUACUGUAAAUCUUUAAUGCUCAUUCUGCUCCCGUUAAUUACAGUAAGGAUCUAACGAGGCUCAGACUGCACGCGGUGCGGAUGCUGCCCCCGAGGGAAUUCUGUGUGCUGCUUCUGAUCAAGAAUACUUCAUCUGCAAAGCCAAAAAAUCUGGAUAAGCAAGUCCCAUUAAAGCGUUCCUGCGCGGGGGUGGGAGUCACAGCAUGUUAAUUAAUGUCUUAAUAACAGCUGCAUUCACAUCUCUGUAUUUCCUUUCAGCAACGCUUACAGUGCGGUGUUCCUCUACAAAUGCUUAACAUAAUAAAAGCUGAACC